AUGAACCGCCCGUUCCCCACCCCCCCUCCCCAGCAGUCGCAUGCCCAAUUCGGCAUUUCCUACUCCCCAUACAAAGCAGACCGCACCUGCAAAAACCAAGAAGAGGUAAACCGAGAUCUAGACAGAAUCGCCGAAUACUCCUUCAUCCGCAUCUAUGGAACAGACUGUGACCAAACAAGAACAGUCUCCAACGCCGCGCGACGACACAACAUGCGCGUUUUCGCCGGCGUCUACGACCUAACCGAUUUCCCAGGAAGUCUCAGCGCCUUCAGCGACGCUAUCACAGGCCCAGACGGCAAAAAGGAUUGGUCCAUUUUCCACACGAUUGCUGUAGGCAAUGAGCUAGUAAACGCCGGCACCAGCUCCGCUAGCGACGUCGCGACUGCCGUCCAAAAAGCACGCUCUGUGCUCCGCGCACAGGGAUACAAUGGCCCCGUCGUCACAGUCGAUACCUUCUCCGUCUUACUCGACCACCCGGAACUGUGCCAGGUCUCCGACUACUGCGCUGCAAAUUGUCAUGCUUUCUUCGAUAGUACCCAGCGGCCUGCUAGUGCUGGUGCGUAUGCGCUCGAGCAGGCGCGUAGUAUCUCCGCUCGAGCUGGCGGGAAGCGUACGAUGAUCACUGAAUCUGGGUGGCCGCAUGCUGGGGAUGCCAAUGGGGGUGCUAUUCCCUCUGUGGAGAAUCAGCAGUUGGCUAUUGCGAGUUUGAGGAGGAGUUUUGAUCAUCGGAGGGAGGAUCUGGUGCUUUUCACUGCUUUUGAUGAUUUGUGGAAGAGUGACACCAGUCUCACCUUCAAUGCGGAAAAGUUUUGGGGGAUCCAUGGGGCUUUGUAG